UUACUUCCCCUGAAGCAAGAUGUCUGCGUCCAUGAUGGAAAAUUGGAUGUGCGCCGAAUUCGGUAAACUUGGAAUUGACGUCACGACAGAAAACGCCAGAUACAUCCUAGCGAUCGACAGUGCACACGACUUGGAGGAUUACAUUCUGGAACUGCUGGAUGGAUCGGAUGUCAAGGUGCAGAAGUUUGUCAAGGAGCUGCUUCAGAGGUGGAAAUCUGGCAACAGUGCAGUUCCCAACGACAUCAAGGUCUACAAGAAACCCAAUCAAGAAGAGGAGGUCUAUUUCAAAGGAGUUGAAAAGACAAAGAAGAAAUCAAAAGAAGACACACCCACAAAACUGUGGUCAGAUGAGGCAACCAAUGGGGAGAUAGCUUACAGUGAGGAUGAUGCGUUCAAUGUGUCGGCCAAUGACCAGUCGCUGACCGAUCCGACCAAGAGGAAGACCAAGUUCGUUCCACUUUACAGUCAGGAGGGUCUCGCUAAGACAGUCAUCAAGAUCCCAGGUAGACAUUCAUGUGAGUGCCAGGCCUCCAAACACAAACUGAUUAACAACUGCAUGAAGUGUGGUCGAGUGGUCUGUGAACAGGAGGGAUCGGGUCCCUGUGUGUUCUGUGGAAAUCUGGUGUGUACGGUGGAGGAGGAGGAGAUUUUGGCCAAAGGUUCAAAGAAGAGCGACAAGCUCCGACAACACUUGAUGAAAGGGGCCACCAUCGUGCCGUUGCUAAGCAACGAUAAGAGCAGUCUCACAUCUUGCACCAGCUCGAUGAAGCAAGGUCUUGAUAUAGCACUGAAACAGAAAGAGAGACUGUUAGAUUACGACAAAUCAAGCGUAAGCAGGACUAAAGUUAUUGACGACGAAGCAGACUAUUUCGCGGCCGACUCUAACCGCUGGCUGAGUGCCAAAGAGAAAGACGCACUGAACAAACGAGAGGCUCAGCUACGUAAAGAGCGACAUGGUUCACGCAGGGACAGGAAGCUAACGUUUGACUUCGCGGGGAGACAGAUCAUCGAGGCCGAGUCGGACGCCGGAAGGAACAUGUACGAUAUCAACGAUGACGUUAUACAACAGGUGUACUACGGUGCUCAGUCGACCGAGACGUCUCGGGCACCACAACGAGGUGGGGAUAGCGACAUCGUCAACCCAAACAUUGUACAGGCAGCUCCACUUUUUAUCACCCCAGAAAAAUUAUACAGCAGUCGAGUACGUGGAGGUCAAACACAAACUGACUUUGACCCUUCCAAGAGGUCGAGUCGAAUUCAGGAUCGCCAGUUGCUAGAGAUGACUGACGAAGGAAUGUGUUUAAGCAUGCAUCAGCCGUGGGCAACGCUGCUUGUUAAAGGAAUCAAAAUUCAUGAGGGUCGAACCUGGUACACCGCUCACAGAGGAAGGUUGUGGAUUGCGGCGACGAAACAGACACCAGAGACUCAAACAAUUGCUGAAGUUGAGCAGCAGUAUCGCUUCCUAUGCAAUGACCCUCACUUAAAAUUUCCUAAUCACUACCCGAUCGGAUGUCUUCUCGGGUGUGUCGAUGUCACAGACUGCUUGUCGCAGGAGGAAUACAGACUCCAGUUUCCAGAUGGAGAGUCAGUGUCACCGUACGUGUUCAUCUGUCAAGGUCCCCAGGAACUCAUCGUCAAGUUCCCAAUCCAGGGCAAACACAAAAUAUACAAACUGGACAGCCAUAUCCACCAAGCUGCUAAAAAGGGAUUACGACCUCCGUCUGACCACUGACAGCAAGACUCGGCAGUGACAGACUUAUGACCACAGUCUGAUCACUGACAGCGAGACUCGGCAGUGACAGACGUUCUCAACACACUGAUAACUCUUUGACUCUAUACGGCUGUGAUUAAUAGUAACUGUCUUUAUUACCUAUAUGGUACAAAUUGUUGCUGUUCAUAUAGGAGCUAUGUGUCCCUGUGUCUCAGUAGGAUGGAGAAAUAGAGGAUACUCCCCGAGUGUCUUAUAUCAUAAUUUAUCAGCAUGAGUUGAUAAAAGUAUGAAAUCUGAGGCUUGCCGAGGGUUUUUAUACUUUUAUUAACGAGUGCUGAUAAAUUAUGAU